CGUGUCUCUUCCAUCAGCGUGGUGCCAGAGGGAUAAACCCCUCGGUCUCGUCACUACCCUCGGCUCCCUGGCGUGACGAGUUCACGCCACGGCAGCCAUUUCAUUCGAACACCUGCGCAUAGUUUGCUCGCAUUUUCACCUCAGGGCUUCAUGUGCCUUUCUACCGUCGUGCAUUCUCACGGAGAUUGCGGACGUUCAUGUCGUGCAGUUAGCAGACUGACUUAGGAAUUGGUUCUCUACUGGCUUCCAAGGGCCGCAAGCUGUGACAAACAUCACUCCCUUCUCUACCGGAGCCUGAGAGCAAUUGCACAAGGCUCGGCAGGUAACGAGUCAGUGAGUACGAAGGUGCGCAAUAUUCUGUGAAAGUUGCUCUCGCAUUGCUUGAAUCCCCACACGCGGACGUGAAUUAUCGCAUCUCUUCUUCGACGGUGCGCCACGGCAUUCACAAGAGGACCUUUAGGACCAGGAGGACUCGAGGCUUCCUAGAGAAACGAAUUGGUAAAUUUUCCGGUACACGAGAUGAACCUCAAUAAUCACUUUCGGACUUUGUGACUGAGAGAACCAUUGCUACCCCACACACGAAUCUCGGGACACCUGCUUUCGUCUGUCUCGGCGGAUUCGACCCACCUCCACUUCUUGCAGGGGGGUGCGAAUUGUCCAAGAUGUGAAAUGUCCGAACGAAAUGCCCUGUUCCCACUGGCAUCCAUUACCUCUCGCCCGUCCUCAUCUCGCUUCGCUGAGAUGCAUCUGCGGAGACAGCCGAAUUCCGCCUUCCUGACACAAGCCCAGACCAUUCUUACAUCGAUGGACAGUGGACUGGAGCCGCCGGGUUCGUCAGAGUCGCUGCUGCUUCGUGAGAGCAGUCAUCUGGCGCAGCACAUCUUAGCACCGCUCGCUUGGCUCUGCUCUGCUUCGGCCUGCAAGACCAUGGACGACGAAGCUCGAGAGAAGGUUGAGAAGGUUGACAUUCUCGGCGUGGUAGUGGGCUGAGAUGGAGCCUGUGAACCCAUCGCCAUCGCCAUCGACUCAGAUGUCGUACGACGACAGCGUGCGAAGAUUGCAUCUGGCCAUAAUGGACAACGACCUGCCGACGGUGAGAAAGCUGAUCCGAGGCGGCGCCGGGCCCAGUGUCGGGGAUCGCCUCGGCCGAUCGGCGCUGCACUGGGCCGUGGUAUUUGGCAACCGCGACACCACGCACACGAUUCUCAAACUCAUCGGCAAGGGCAAGGGAGUGAACUUGGCGGAUGCUCAUGGCUGCACAGCGCUGCACUUGGCAGCGAUGGAGGGCCGAGUCGACAUUGCCAAAAUGCUGCUGAACCGAGGCGCCAAGAUCAACCCUCCCGAUAAGGAGGGCAUGACUGCUCUGCAUUACGCGGCGCAAACCAUCAAUCCGCUCAUGAUCCACACGCUGGUCCGACGCCAUGCCAACCGGAUGCUGCUGGAUGCGCGCAAUCGGCUCCCGUAUCACGUGGCUCGGCUCUGGGGCGGCAGCAAUGAUGUGCUGCACCGCCUGCAGCCUGACAACUUCGAGGCAAUGAGUGCGCAGAUUGAGGACAUUCAAGGCUCGCCUGUAGGCGGAGCAGGAGGAGGAGGAGGAGGAGGAGUGCCCAGCAAAGUCCAGGACCGGAAGGCCGACGCCGUGGAAGCGGUGGAAGGCGAUUUGAGGCUAUGGGUGUUGUCAGCCAAGGCCUACUCGUCGGCCACGGCCAUGUCCAUUCAGCGAGACCGCCCCAUCGAGAACGUGAAGAGGGAAAUGAUCAUCGAGGCGGAUGCGUCGCGGCGAUUGCUCGGCAUGAAGUGCAGCCCUGCGGCGUCGCGCAGUGUGGAAGAAGCCGCGCAGCCCGCUCCGGCAUGGCACGGGCUGGCCGUCGACGUGCCGCACAGAUUGCAGUCCCUCGUAUCUGGCCUCGUGCAGUGUUUCAAAUCUGCCGGCAGCUCGCUGCGAGAGCACAGCCCCAGCAUGAGCCUGUCCACGGCGCACCACUGGGUGCCCACGAAAACUCAAGUGCUUCGAGCGCAGCUCGCCGAAGGAGGCCAUCGGAGCCAGGUCCCAGUGACUCCUGCGCAUGCCAAGCUCGCGAAGCCAGGGCGUGCACGGCUGGCCACUCCCCAGAGAAAACCCACUCCCUAUUCUCUGAAGCCUGUGAUUUUGAGCAAAGCGUCCGCAGGCGCAUCGUCCUCUCCGGCACGACGCCCGGCCAAGCCCAAAGCCUCGUCUCCCAAAUCCAAAAAAAAGCUCUCGAGAACCUCCUCCAGUUCCUCCAGUUCUUCGAGCGGCUGGAGCCUAUAGCCAUCCACCGAUUGCGCCCACACGAUCACGCAAGGAUCGUCCAUGCGUGAAGCAGUCGAUUCACUCUUCGGAGCAGUGGGCUGCUGCUGCCACCACUCACUGCCAUGAGUCGAGAGGAGCACCCUUCACCUUCGCCGGGAGCCACAGCGAGCAGCAACACGGGCAAGGAUUGUGAUGCCGACAGAGGACAGCAUUGAAGUGCCGCAGUGAACUCGAGCCCACUAGUUACAUGGCCUGGACUGCACUUCUUGUACAAGAAUCAGCGAAACAUCAAGACUCGAGUCAACUAAUAUUCGCCGUAUGGACGAGAGACACGGAAGAAUCGUCGAAGAACCCAAAUGCUACACAAAAACACGCCUCUUAAUCCUGCAUAAUCUUCAGCAAAAGACAUUGAUGCUUUUGGAUCUCUCCCAAAGUCCGCGGACUACUGCAAAUUGACGAAAUUCAGUGGAGAUGUAAGUUUAGAACUUGACUGCCGAGUCCUCGUAGAUAUGUAUUUUGCCUCGUCCGUCUCUCUCUCAAAGACUCGAGCUGGAUUCAUGAAGACCUUCUUUAAAGAUUGACGAUGGCUCCGGGCAGACUACGGUGGUGACGAUGAUCCUCAAAUGCCUUUGUAGGCCAGCAAAGGUGUAUGAAGGUCGCAGUGGAGUUGCAGACUGUCGGUAUUUCGGUCAUCUCGGUCAACACAUUUGGUCGAGGGUAAAAACGAGAUGAAGUUCGACCGAACGGUGACGGUGGCAGUUCACUCGCUGACCUUUGUUUGCCACAUACGAAAAAGUAUUGUUUAGGCCUUGAUCGGCGUGCUUCGUACAAACGCGUUGACCUCCACGAUUCGCAUAUGAUCGCACGUUCACAAUUCGGGUGAAAAACUCGGACUAGUUCACCACAAGUUAAACCCUGAGGGUGCUGCUGGC